AUGGACAAGAUUUUCAAAUUUCCCCAAAAAUUGGUUUUUCAUCCCUUUUUCUUAGCUGGCUACGAUGUGCUCCGAACUCCACUUUUUCCGGAAUACCAAGCUGAGCUUGAUAAACUUCAAGAAAAAGAGCUGAACGACGAAGCUGAAAUCAACUACAGAUACGAAGAGCAUGAGAAUGAAUCCAAGGUGUUGGUCCAAAAGCCGCGAUUUAUCUGGCUGUUGGAAGUUCCGACUCAGGCGCCAGAGGAAGAUGACUUCAAUACUCAGCCGCUUCCGGCACAGAGACGACAAAACGAUGGGCUGGGCUCGACUUAUCUAAAUGAAGCCAUUGAUAUGGAAAAACCAGUUGACUUGGGCUUCAAAGACACCAAAUUCAUCAAGAAUGGAUUCAGCUUUUCCGAUGUCCGACAAGGUCGAGUCGGAGAGAGUUGGUUCAUGGCUUCUAUCGCGAGUCUGACUGUUUUCCCAAAGAAUCUGGCUUACAUGAUUCAGAAGCAAAAGAACAUGGCAAAGCCACAUGGACCCUUUGAGUUUCAUUUCUUUGAUAUGCACCAGUGGGUUCCUGUUUUUGUCGACAAUAUGCUGCCGAAAAUGUGGACUACGAGAAGAUUGACUCCUCAAAUUGAACAAGGAAGGAACUUCGGAGAAACCCGACCGAAUGAGCUUUGGCUUGCCUACUGCGAAAAAGCUUACGCAAAACUCAACUCGGGAUACAGCAGUAUCGAAGCUGGACAAGCAGUAGAAGCAAUGGCUGACAUUACGGGAGGCUUUCCUGUACGAACAACUCUCAGCACGACGAAAUACCUCAAAGAAACUUGGAACUUUAUCUAUCGAAAUCAAGGAGACAUGAUCAUCACUUCAUGCAUCUACAACAACGACAAUUCCGGAGUAGAAAACGAACUGAAUAACGGACUUUACGAUGGUCACGAGUACUCACUUCUCAAAGUUGAAAUUGUCAAAAACAACGAUGAUGAGUUUAUCAAGCUGGUGAUGUUGCGUAACCCUUGGGGAAAUAACAAAGGAAAAUUUCAUGGAAAUUGGUCGGAAUCAAGUGAUAAGUGGAUGACAUUGCCUGACGAGACAAAUACGAGACUGAGAUCAGCAUGGCCAGACGGUGGAUUUUGGAUGGGAUACGACGAAUGGCUAACGAGCUUUGAUGAGUUCACUUUCUGCCGAAUCCCGAAAAUUACUUACGGAGGAUACAUCGAGCCCGAAUUCGAAUGGAAAAAAUAUCACUGUCUCAAUGGAACAUUCAAGAAACAUAAGCUCACCUUUAGACUUGUUGCGCGAUCUAAGCAAGAAAUAUGGAUACAGCCGCUAUUUGACGAUGGCCGAAACCGAAGAGAUGAAUUCCGACUGUUCCUCUGUGUUCGCGACAAUCGUGAUGGAGGCAAUCAAGUUGUUCUCCCGACAUAUCCUACUGACUAUUCUUACCGUAACCUCGUUCCCUACACCAAAGAAAGCUACGUCUUCCACCUGAACUCCGGCAACUACACCAUCGAGCUCGAGAGUUUCGACAAGAACUGCGAGCCAAACUUCGAGCUUGGCCGUGCCUGGGCUCUGCGAUGCUUUGGAGAAGAUCUUUCGCUCAAACAACUCUAG